AUGGAACAAAAAGAUACAUGCAAUGCAGCUAUCCAAAUUUCAAAGAAAUUUGGCAGGAAAAUCACCUCCGAAGAACUUGUUCGCAGGCUUUUCGAGUCCGGAAUUCGUACGAUGAAAGGGCUGGAUAAGUGGGAGAAACGUUGUGCGUUGCGUGUGGCGGAACAAAAGGAUAUCUUAUUUGCUAGGUACCAGAAAGGCACGAUGAAACGUAACAAGCGGAGAGCAGAGCAAGAUGCACUUUUCAUCGUACAGCAAGAGGAAACUGACCUAACUCGUUCCGAUAUCAAAAAGGAAAUUCAGAGAAAGAAGAUAGCAAAGAGGAGGGCUGCUGCUGCGGCAAAACGAGAGGCUAGGAAAAUGGAGACACAUAUUUUAGCGGACACGCAAGCGCUGCUAGAGGAGAAAGAAGAAGAACUGUUGGCAAUGCGAGAUGCAGCGUCCAUCGCAUCAGAGAAGAUUGCGUUUUUGGAAGAGAGGAUGGACGAUCUACUUGUAGUACUAAAAGAUUUGCAGGGGGGGUCGUGA